UAGAUAACAACGCACGAGUAAAGGGGGAUUCUCUAACGCGUUAUAAAUAUUGUACGAGGCCGCAUACAAAGCGUCACACUUCGAUUCCGCGCCGCUCACUCCGUACCAGACAUCUCCGGAGGCAGUGUAGUGAUCCAUUAGGUGUACGCUCCACGUAAACGAUUUUCAAUUAGCAGAAAUGGCCCAAGAGACACCGUUAUGGCUGAACACCCACUUCGCGGAGAGGAUACUGCGAUUGGCAGAGGACAACACUACGAUCACGGUGACCGAUAUAUUUAUGAAACCGGCCACUAGCAAAGGUGAUAACUACACCAGCGAUAUGAUGAGGGUGUCCAUUGAGUUCACGCGUGUUCAGGAUGGGGAGAGGGUGAAGGAUAAGAAGUCGCUCAUAUUCAAAUUCGAGCCGAUAGAAGAGGGAGUGCGCAGAGAUUUGAUCGAGAAGGUCCAAAUAUUCGACACCGAGAUGACAAUGAUGAUGGACACCCUGAAGAAGAUGAACGACAUGUUGGGCCCCGAAUCUCGUCUCGGAGCGGAAGUCUAUCACGUACGGAUGGAACGACCGUUGUGUUUGAUAAUGGAGGACCUCGCACCCCUCGGAUUUCGCAUGGCUGACCGCCAAGCUGGUCUUGACCUACAACACUGCCUACUAGCGGUACGAGGACUGGCGAAAUUCCACGCCAGUUCGGUGGUGCUAUGCGAAAAGGAACCGAAACAUAAGGAGCGCUAUAGAAGGGGUAUAUUCUCCGAUGAGUUCCCAGAUGAGGUGACUGCAUUCUUCAUCGGCGGAUGCGCGGCUUUGGCUGCGGAAAUGAAAAACUGGCCAGGCGAAUGGACGAUUUACAGAGAGAAACUUGAGGCGCUCGCUCCGCAUUUGUUCAAGCUUGGCUCGAAAACGCUACAGCGUCGCGACGACGAAUUCAACGUAAUCAAUCACGGUGACAGCUGGGUAAACAACAUGUUGUUCCGGUACGAUGAGAACUCGAAGCCAGUCCAGCAUAUUUUCGUCGACUUCCAAAUGUGCGUCUACACAACGCCAGCGAUCGAUCUGCAUUACUUCCUGUCCACCAGCCCUUCGGACACUAUUUACGAGAACAAUUUGGACAUGCUGGUGGAGGAGUACGUGCGCACGUUGUCCACCAUGAUGAAACAAUUGGGCAGCAAAACAAAGCCGCCCACCUUAGAGGAUAUCAAGAGAGUGAUGAAAGAACGCGAAGCGUACGCGCUGAUAUCCUCGAUUACAGUCCUGCCAGUAAUCCUGGUGGAUAAGAGCGAAGCGAUGGAUAUCGACGAAAUGAUGCAUCCCGAUGGCGUGAAUAAUCCUGGAUAUAGGAGCCCGAUUUAUCAGAAAGUAAUGGCCAAGAGAUUUCCAAAAUUUUUGAAAGCGGGAUUGUUGGAGAUUCCAGCUUAAGACAUUCGUGACGAUAAAAUACACCAACUUUCCUGGAAUUUCUUUCUUUGAAUGAAAGAUUAAACGACAACCGGCGAGAGCUAUUCGCUGAAUUUGAGUUUGUCGUAGAUUGUAGAAUCGCGACAACCAUGCAAAUCGUAUUGGCGCCUAGUUGAGGAUCCAGUUUGUGACACGAUAGGCAUAAUUUUCGGUAGAAUGUUGACUGUUUAUUGAAAAUUGUACGAUACGGAGUAAAGAACUUCGGUACUUGUAAGAAAGACCAAUGACAAACUGUUGUCUGCGCAAAGAGGAUUUUAGAUAAUUAUUAUUAUCAAUCAACGCGAUAGUAUAAAUUGAACGACACGGUCGUAGAAUUAUGUAUGACUAGGCUCGAUAUAUUAUCGAAACGGGUACGAAAUUAAAAAGAGAGAACGUUAUGGUCUCGAGAAAUCGUUAGGCGAAAUUUAUUCCUCAAUUUCACGCUAACAUUUAGAGCUGCACUUCGUAAACUUUGUUCGUCAUCUUUUCGUAGGACGAUAUUAUGGACAUCGGUUGUAACAAAUUCGUGGUUAAUGUAAAUUUAAUUUGAUUAGAAAGUAAUACGUUGUUAUCGACAGAAACACUAAUCCGAUUUUUAUUAACAAGCACUGUAUAAGUACAUUUUUUAAAUUUUCAAAGUACUAAAGAAUUGUUUCGUGUUUAAGAAAAGCAAAACGUGAAUCAAUGCAAAUAAAUUACAACGAACAAUA